AUGGCCGAAACCGUCGACGUCGACUACCUCAUCAUCGGCGCAGGCGCUAUGGGCCUCGCCUUUGCCGAUACCAUGCUCAGCGAUAGCCAAGCGACUCUGGCCAUUGUCGACCGCUACCACAGUCCCGGCGGGCACUGGACUACCGCCUACCCAUUUGUGCGUCUGCACCAGCCCUCAGCCUUUUACGGCGUCAACUCGAUGGUGCUCGGCAGCGACGCCGUUGACCAGCACGGCACCAACAAGGGCCUCUACGAGCUCGCCACAUCGCAAGAGGUCCUCGCCUACUACAGCCAGCUCAUGUACCAGCGCUUCCUGCCCAGCGGUCGCGUUCGCUACUACCCCAAGUGCGAGUACACGGGCGACGGUGCGUUCCGCUCAGUCCUCACCGGCGCGACGUACCGGGCCGGCGACAAGUCCAAAAUUGUCGACGCCACGUACAUGAAGGUCACGGUGCCAUCGAUGGCGCCACCCAAGUACGAGGUGGCCGCCGGGGUAGAGUUGGUCACGCCGAACCAGCUGGCGAACCUCAAGGAAGGCCGCAGCAGCUUCACUGUCGUGGGCUCCGGCAAGACGGGCAUCGACACUUGCCUGUGGCUCCUGACGAAUGGCGUGCCGCAGGAAAAGAUCACUUGGAUCAUGCCCCGCGAUGCGUGGAUGCGCGACCGCGAGAGCCUCCAGCCUGGCGACUUGUUCAGCGCGAGGCGUGCCGAGACCCUGAAGACGAUGCAGCAGGCGGUGGUGACUUGCCAGUCAGUCGACGACUAUCUGGACCAGAUGGAGAAGGGAGGGGAAGCGAUUCGAUUGUCGAGCGAUAUCCGGCCCGAGAUGUACCGCUGUGCCACGGUAUCGAGGGUGGAGCUGGAUGAGCUGCGCGCUAUUCAGAACAUUGUUCGCCAGGGCCGCGUCGUCUCCAUCAGCCCGAACGAGGUCACGCUGCAGAAGGGCUCGUACAAGCCACUUCCCGAUACACUCUAUGUCGACUGCUCCACCGAUGGCCUGGCGAAGCUGCCGCCCGUGCCCGUCUUCCAGGGCCGGACGCUGCGGCUCCAGCCGGUGCGGCCCUGCCAGCAAGUCUUUAGCGCCGCCUUUAUCGCGCACGUCGAGGGCGCCUACCAGGAUGAGGUGCUGAAGAAUGAACUCUGCCGUCCGGUACCGCACCCCAACGUGCCCGCCGACUGGCUCGCCACGAGUAUUUUGUACUUUCGGGCGCGGGCGCUGUGGAAUGGACACCCGGAGACGAGGGCGUGGCUGGUCAAGUCACGUCUCAACUUGGAGAUUCAAUUCCUUCCCGCGGAUAAGGCGCUGCGGGAUGCGCUGCUAGCCAGCGCGGCAUCUCCGGAGAAGAUUGCGCAGGGGAAGCAGGUGCUGCACCGUCUGUAUGGCAUCCUUGAUACGCUGCCGGAAGAGGAACGAGCAGCGGCAAAGGCGUUGAUUGGUGAUCUGUGA